AUGGACUCCUUCGAGGCUGCCCCCGAACACCCGCCGCUCUCGCGCAACAGCUCGAAGCCGAAGGGCAUCCUCAAGAACGCGCCGCUCGCCACCCCGGGCGGCAUCCAGCACCUGCAGUGGGACGAGGAGAACCUCGCGCUGACAGAGGCGCAGAAGGACAGCCAGAUGAAGAUCACGGAGCCCAAGACGCCCUAUGUGCGCUACAACGCUGAGACGGACACCGUCGAGGGUGACAUCCCGAACUUGGACCUGAACGGCCGUGUGGCGAGCCCGGGCCCGGUUUCGCCGCUGCGCGCGCCGUCGCCGACGAGCAGCACCGGGGCGACAGGUGGGGGCUCCGGCCCGCCGUCGCGGCGGACGUCGUUCUCGAGCUCGAGCGCGGGUGGGCGGUCGUCGACGCCCGGGCGCACGAGCCGCUCCUCGAGCCGGAGCACGAGCUUUAACCUGCCGAACGAGGCGCGCGAGGUCAUCCGCCUCGAUGGGCGGCAGCCCGGCGACGAGAUCGAGUGCGAGGAGGAGAUGGACGAGGAGGCUAUGAAGAAGCACGCAGAGUUCGUGCGGGCGCGUGGGAGGCACUACUCGAACGAGGCGGAAGCUAUGAAGGUGCGUGCGAAGGCGAAGGAGUUGAUGGAAGAAGACGACGAGGAGACGUCGUCUGUUGCGGAGUCCGCGAGCAUCGACGAGGACAGCGUGAUGGAGGACGAGGACGGGUCGCAUGUGAACGGGAUUGGGAUUGCGCACUGA